GCAUUGAGAAGUUCAAGGGCCACUACCUCCACAGCCGAGACUACAAGGAUGCCCAGAUUUUCACGGACAAGAGGGUUGUUGUCAUUGGGAUUGGGAAUUCGGGGUCAGACCUGGCCGUGGAGAUCAGCCAAACGGCCAAGCAGGUCUUCCUUAGCACCCGCCGGGGUGCGUGGAUCCUCAACCGUGUUGGAAAAAAGGGCUAUCCCAUCGACACCAUCUUCACCACGCGCAUGAAGACGUUCCUGAAGAACCUGCUGAGCACAUCCAUGGUGAGCGACUUCGCAGAGAAGGAGCUGAACGCGAGGUUUGACCACUCGCACUAUGGCCUGAAGCCAAACCACAGGGUCAUUGACCAGCACCCGACCAUCAACGACGACCUGCCCAACCGCAUCAUUUCAGGCAGGGUGCUGGUGAAGCCAAACGUCCAGGAGUUCACGGAGACAUCUGCCAUCUUUGAGGACGGCACCAAGGAAGAUAUUGACGCCGUGGUCUUUGCCACAGGAUACAGCUUCUCCUUCCCCUUCCUCGAGGGCUGUGUGAAGGUGGUGGAGAACCAGAUCUCCCUCUACCAAUUCAUGUUCCCCCCCACCAUGGAGAAGCCGACGCUGGCUUUCAUCGGCCUCAUCCAGCCUCUUGGUGCCAUCAUGCCCAUCUCUGAGCUCCAGUGUCGCUGGGCCACCCGUGUCUUCAAGGGGCUGAACAAGCUGCCCCCACGGCACGACAUGGAGGCUGACAUCAAGCAGAAGAAAGAAGCGAUGGCGAAGCGGUAA